GGGGAAAGGAGAGGACCCGGACGGCAGGGCGGCGCCCCCGGGCCGGAAGUGCGGUGCGCGGCGGAAGUGCGGCGGGCGGAAGCGGCGGCCUGGCUGCCCGAGGCUGAGGGAAUAUCAGAAGAAACCAAAAGCCAGCUGGACUAGUUCCUGAAUGAGAUUUUUCUUCCUGUUUGCAGUUGUUUUGAAGGAGGAUACUGUCUGGAUCAGUCUGUCUCCCUGCAGCUUUGAGCGUCUCCAUUUCUUCCAGUGUGGGAGAGAGAUCUUGGAGAUGGCUUGCACUGUCAGAAUUAAAAUGCGCUGGUUUCAAGGAAAUAGCCUGCAUAUUGCCAAAUCCUCCUUAGGACUCUUGCGAAAUCUCUCUGCCUCUAACACAGCGCUGCCUGUGCUGACCUUAUUCACAAAGGAUCCAUGCCCACUUUGUGAUGAAGCCAAAGAAGUACUCAAGCCUUAUAAAGACAGGUUUAUUUUACAGGAGGUGGACAUCACACUUCCAGAAAAUUCUACUUGGUAUGAAAGGUAUAAAUUUGACAUCCCCGUUUUCCAUUUGAAUGGCCAGUUUCUGAUGAUGCAUCGAGUAAAUACCUCAAAGCUUGAAAAACAGCUUCUGAAACUUGAGCAGCAGGUGCUGGAGACAAACUGACAUCUCAUGAUUUUCACCCUUACUAUCAUAAGGCAUCUGCCUGAGGGUAUGACCAGGAUCUCGGAUUUCCUUGCCACUUUCACCAGAGCACUUACAAGGGUAUCACAUAAAUAUUUUGCCAUUACUCUUCUGGUUGAUGCAGUACCCAUGUGAGAACAGUUUGCUUACAGGCAUUUUGUGAACUAAGAGGACUGCAUUGUAGGGAGGGGGAAGCUGUAGGGAGGAAGAAAUCUAGUUGUUGAGUUAAUUUUUCUCUCUUUUUUUUGUGACUGCAGACAGUACUGGACAGUGCCAAUAUAAAGCAGGCUCCACAGUCCUGCUGCUAAGCAGCUCUGGAACCUAAAUUUAGUGGAGUAAAUGUUCUUCCACUCACUAAAGUGGAAUGUGAAUUGUUAAUAACUGUGCAUAGUCAAUAAAGGGAUGUUUUAAUGAAUACAUCUGCAUGCAGCCCAUUUCAGUAGAAUUUAACAAUACCUGUUUAAAAUUAGCGUUCACUUUUGUUGAGUAGAGUAGAAUAAUUAUCCUAGCCAAAAAGGCUUCACUUUCAGAAAGACAAAAGAGACUUAAACCUCCAGUAUGUGUAUAACAGUCUCAGCUGUACAUGUCACCAUGGAAUUGAUGUGUAAUACUGAGGACUGUCUUAAGUUAUCAUCAAUUAAGUUAAUUCAACUAAUUAUAAGAUAGUAACUGUCAAAUUUUUGUAUCUUUGGAAAAUUCAUUUUAAUCAUAACUGAACAUAUGUACUAUCUAAACAUAAAGUACAUUUUAUAUAAAGUGUUAGAGAUGUGAUUUUGUACCUUAUUUAUAUUUUGUCAGAUUUGGCAAACAUCAGAAUAGAAUCACUUAAAAACAAAACUGUCUUUUUCUCUUAAAUCACAUCCCUAUGAAGUUCUGCUGUGAACUGUUUGGAUAUUAUAAGCCACGAAAUCUGUAAGUGCUCGAUGUGAUUUAGUCUUAGAAUUAUAGAAUACUGUAGCCCACCAGCAUUAGACAUUGUCCUUACAUUCAUUAUAUAUGAGAAAGAAUGUAGAGUUCAGGAAGAUGGAGGGACUUAGUCCAUAGUCACCUAGCCACUGGGCUAUGUCUUGCCUAGAACCCUGGCAUUUCUAAUGUUCUCUGGACUUCUGUAGUGGUUCAAAUACAGCAACUCCAGCCACUGUGGGUUCAACACAGAGUAAGUCCUCCAAAGUUACUUUUUUUAAAACGCCUUAUAGUGGCUGGAGAGAUGGUUCACUAGUUAAGAGCAUUUGUGGCUCAGCCAGAGGACCCAGGUUCAUUUUCCAGUACCUACAUAUUGGUUCACAAGCAUUCAUAACUCCAAUAGCCACACACGUGGUGCAUAUCCAUGUAUGCAAUCAAAUAUACAUAAUACCUAGAGUAAAAUAAAUAAGUCUAAAAGAUUAAAAUUUAAAAGCCUUACAACUGAAUAGUAGUGCUCAUAGUUUAUACAUGCUGAUACUAUAUUCAUUGAGCCCUGUGGUACACAAACUUCUAGAAUUACCCCAGUGUCCUCACCCUUGUAUAACUCCCUCCUUUAUGAGUGUGGGUAGAAACAUUUUUGGUGUAGCUAUGUUAUAUUAAAUGGCAAAGGAGGAGGGGUUCAGAGAAGUCAAAGAGGUCAUUUCUAGAUAACCUAGAAGCAAGAAAAUGUCUGUCUUGUGAACUGCCUGUUUGGGUCCGCAUAGCAAGAAACUGGGGGAAGUCUCUAGGAAGUAAAUAGUUCUUGGGACAAAAGCCAACAGGAGAAUGGAGAUAUUAGUCAUAACUUCAAGGAAGUGAGUUCUGCCACUAAUCAAUGAGCUCAGAGAAUCUCUAACCCUGAGUAAGAACUGCUGCCCUAGACAGUGAGUUUCUGAUCAGAGAAUUCAAAUACUUCAAGUCAGACCCUCAAACAGUAGGUUUGGACAUAAAGCCUGGAAUUUGGCUCCUCUGAAGCAAUAUUCUGCUUAGUAUUACCAUGUGGUCAUGGUAUCUAGGAAGUGCAGAGACUAAAGGUAAAAUAGUGCUUCAUCAGAAUAGUUUCAACGCUAAACGUUUUUUUAAACAAAAAUUCUACAAUGUGGCUGGAUGCAGUGGUACACACCUUUAUUUCCAGCACUCGGGAAGCAAAGCAGGCAAACCUCUCUUGAGUCCAAGGUCAGCCUCUACUUCGUGAGCUCCAGGAUAGCCAGAGCUACAUAGUAAGACCCUUUGUCAAAAAAAAAAAAAAAAAAAAAAAAAAGUACUUACUUAGAAGAUAUUCAAACUAAGGUAUUGGCUAAGACAUUUUUAAAAACUAUUGAAUGCCAUUAAAGUCAUUAUUGAAUGUCCAGAAACUAUUAGAUCACAUCAAGAAUUGUGGGAGAUUAAGGAGAGGCUAUUGAGAGGGUUGGGGAAAAAAAGUUUAAAAAAAAUGGGCUGUCACUUAGUUUCCAUUAAAUUAAAUGUAUGGGGUCAUCUUCUAGUAAGAGAGAGGGCAGUGAGGGUAUCAGAAAGCUGGAUGUAUGUCCUGAAUAAGAAUACAGUGGUCUAACUAUGUUUUAGGCAGUCGUUUGAGACAAGGGCAAGCAUCUUUGCUGUCAUGAAGGAGCUAUAUAGUUUUGUUUGUUCAGAGAACUGUGAUUGUCUGUCUUCCCUGACCAAAUGUGGACCAAGCAUAAAAGAACUCUGGUAUAAGAUACCUUUUGUAUAAAAUUAAUUAUAUAUGUUUUAGUAUAUAUUAUUUUAUGAUAGAUCAUGAAUAUUAUAAGCUCACUAUAGCUAUUCCAUAUUCUGAGCAUUGAUUAUGUAGGCCUAAUGUUUUUUUACUUAUAAAUUUCAACAAAUUUACUUUUCAUUUGAAAGAGAGUUGGUUAUGUGAUAAAGAUUCCUGGAAAUCUUCAGCAAUCCCUCUGGUCCUCUUAGCUGGUAAAGAGAAAGGCACAUACCUAAAAAUGUGGUAUCUAAAGGGCAAUUUGAUUAUGCCACUUGACAAGUAUCAGAAUGCCUCUUGCAGUCAUUUUCCUGUAAUAUUUGUAGCAGAAGGUACUUGUCUGAAAUUAUGUUCACAGAAUUAUUUGUUCCUAUGUAAAGAUUUAUACCAUAAGCUCACAUAUACCCCCAUAGUGAUGCAGCCUUCCUUUUUUCUCUCUUUAACUAAGACUUUAAGAAGGAUCAGGAGGAACGCGGAGUUUGGGUCUUCUGUUGGUGCUUUCGAAUAGUCAUGCAGUCUCUUCCUCACAGAUCCUUCAUUGCAAUGUUGUAAGAACUUACUGGAGUACUGUUUGGACAGUUCAUUUGAAAAAACAGAACUCACUUAAGGGAGGGUUUUGGGUUGGUUUUGGUUUAAUAAUGUAAUGACUUCAUGGGCAUCUACAACAGAAAUUACAAUGCAGUGUGCUGUUAUAAACAAUGGGAGGCAGAUACCACUGCCCCCUUACAGCGCCCUGGUUCCCUUUUCUUUCAUUCUCUCCAGGCUCCCAGCUCCCCUGCUCAUACACUCUAUCUCCUUUGCAAAGCUGCAGCCUGCCCAUGCCCAUAAUUCCUUAUGAGAUUUCUAUUCAGCAGUUCAAUACUCUGAGCGGCUUAUGGCCAACUCCUUUCAGCUUCUCUAUUUUGAAAUCUCAGUAGAAAUGUUACUCAUUUUUAAAACAGCCACCAAAAUUGUAAGAUGGGUGAAUGAAACUAUGGGAGAAGCCACCUUUGAGACAGAGGCCAGCCCCUGGCCCAGUUGGUUCUGGUGACCAAGGUCAUGUAGCAUGCAGUUCACAAUCAUGGUCUCUUCCAUUGAUCAGAGAAUGGAAGCAGGACAGGCAAUAGUGAUCAGUAACUGGCAUUCAUGCAAGACAUUUAAGAGUGUGUUGUUUUGGUAUACUCAUCAAAAGUCAAGAGGGACAGUGCAGUAAGUUAGUUUAUAUACCACUUUGUGGAAACACUUGAACUGUAAUGUUCAGCAAAAAAAUAUUAUCAAGAGCUUAAUAUUUGGCUGUUUGGAUUGUUGGAAAGGUGGGAGAAGUUUGGGAAACAUAGCUACAAGGGCUUGGGGGCUGGCCAGUGUUUGGGGUUUGGCUGUUGGAUAAAACCUGGUUUUAUUACCUAUUCCCUGAAACAGACGGUAGAUGAGAAAGUUGGGUUUUGGUUGUGUUUGAUGGCUAAGGAAAAUUAAACAUGGUGAAUUUGCCGUACUGCAGGACAUCCAGGUACAGAUUACAGCCCAGAGUGCAAACUGCAGGUCUAGGUUUGAAGUUCAGAUUUAAGAGCCACAGGGGUCUGGUUGGAAUUUCAUCCACUUGGCAUAUUAUGAGGGAAGUGAGCGGGUAAGUCAUGGAGUAUACACAAAAAUAGAGGCUUUUGCCAGGGAUGAAUGAGAGAUGACAGAACUGGAAACGGUAGGAGCUUGUCCAUUUUCUGUUAUAUGAUAGGUAUGAUUUGAUAACACCACCAACUGUUCCAAGCACCAGGGCUAGCACACCAAAGCUGAUACAGAAGUCCUUCUCCCAGGGGCUUGUAGUCAAGAAGGAAAAGUACCACAUCAGUGGAAACAUAACUGUCUCCUCAGAAAAAGGCCUUUCCCACAGUACCAAUAGCUUUAAAUAUCAAGAAAUUUAGGACAGGGACUGAAGAAACUUCAGAUUUGAAAUGAGGAAAUUAGUGCUACCAUAAACCAAAUAUUCCCCAAGAUAUUUGGGUCCUUGUUCCCGGACUUGGGAAUGUUACUUAUAGUGAGAAGAAAGUGUGGUGACUCUCAACAUGGAGAAAUCCUAUUAUCCACGCUUAAUAUCAUGUCUCUAUAAGAGGGAGAUGGGAGAUUUGCUUGUAGAAUGAAAUGAGGCAAUAGAAGCAAGAGGUUACCCUGAUAGAAGAAAGAAGUCAUAGGCUUAGGAAUCUUAGUGACUUCUGGAUGGUAGACAAUGCAAAAGGUCAACAGUAGUGUCCUGGAACAGUGGUUCUCAACCUGGGGGUCGUGAACACUUUGACAGGGUUACCUAAGACCAUCAGGAAGCACAGAUAUUUGCAUUAUGGUUAAUAACACUAGCAAAAAUAUUAUGAAGUAGCAACAAAAUGAUUUUAUGGGUGAGGGUCACCAUAACAUGAGGAACUGGAUUAAAGGGUCACAGUGUUACAGGUUGAGAACCACUAAUAUAGAGCCUUCAGUGUGAACAUCCUUGAUGACACUUCGGAACCACUGCAAGUUAUUUUUGACUUCCAGAUUACAGAAGUGGUUUGAAUAAAAAACGUCGAUGGGCUCAUGUAUUUGGUGGUGCUGUUUGGGAAGUAAUGGGACCUUUAGGUACAGCCUUGUUAGGGAAGGUAUAUCACUGAGGGAAGGUGGUGGGGAGGGUGUUACAGCCUUGUUCUACUUUGUACUUGCACUCUUUCUGCUUCCUGUAUGUGUUUGAGAUGUGAUCUCUCAGUCUCCUAUUCUAGCUGCCUGCUGUCAUGUCUUCCUCACCAUAUGGAUAGCCCCUCUGGGACCAUAAUCCAAAAGAAAUUUUUCUGUAAGUUGUUUGGGGUCAUAGUAUGUUAUCACAUCAAUAAAAAAAAAAGUAAUAAGCAUUAUAUGACAAUACAUUUCUGUUCCUUUAAACCACCAAAAAUGUGCUCAGUUGUUACCAUAGCAAUAGGAAGUAGAUGCAGUUGACAUUGUAAGAACAGUUUUUGUAAGAAGGAAGAGGUAGAAUAGAAGAAUUACAGUAGAAUGAGUCAAUAAUCUAAAACAUAUCCAUCUCCUAGAAAGUUUCCACAAAUACCUUGUUUGAGCCUCUAAGAAAAAGUAUUCAGAAAACAUCUGAAAAUUAUCUCUGUCAUCCCAGGCAGUAUCAGGAUAAUAGGCCGCCUUCAUCUCCAGCCUAUCUUGGUAAAGGUUAGUGCCUAACAGUAGAGUUCAGGAAUCCCAUGGUGGCCCUAACUCUGGAAAGUAAACCAUAACCCUUCUUGAUCCACAGAUACAUGGCUCUUGUUCACCCUGGAGACCAGGAUACGUUACACUGUGACCCUAAGUACCUGCCACAGAUCUUCUGUUUAUGAAUGCAGAAAUAUAUGUUGACCUUGCGGGCAGAGCCAGCAAAGACUGGCCUUCAGUCAGUUUAGUUUAGGCACUGAUAAUUGGCAUUUCGCUACCCUUCUGGUUCAAAGAAGAUGACUACCGUAGGCAACCUUCUGAAUUGGAAAACCUGAGAUGUAAACCUUCAGGCAAGAGGAGAAAUAUUAGAGUCAUACAACAAUAGAAUAGCAACACUGAAUGCAAUGCCUGUCAACAAAAUAGAACAGGUCCAGCCAAGGUCCCAUAUGAGAGUGAGAAGCACACCCUUUUCAUAUUGAAACGUUUUGUAUGAGGUAUGAGUGACAGAAUAUUUUCUGUCCAUAGAAAUGGGGUAGGUUGAUAACAAUAGAGACUCUUGAGUGCUUCUCUAACAGCAGGAUGUAGAGACAAUAUGAGUUAAAGGCAGGUUGAGUCUGUGACCAAAUUAAGCUACUCAUGUGCAUCAACAUGUUGUAACUCCCCUCCAGAACCCAGGUUGCAGUGCAGGACUCUGUUAUGCAGGAGACCCCAGCCAUCCUGAGUCCACACCACAAAGUCAACCCAUCCUGUGGCCACUGAGGCAAGAGGAACAAUUCUAUUUUUAGAACUCUCUCAAAAAUGAAAUAAAGAGAGCAGUGACAUGGCUGUGGAUAAAGGCACUUGCUGCCAAGCCUAGUGACCUAAAUUCACUAUCUGGGACUCACACAGUAGGAGAGAAGCAAUUCCCACAGGCUCUCCUCUGGUUUCUACACAUGUAUGCAUGCAUGCACAAAAUAAAUAAAAGGGUAAAACGUAAUGGGUAAAGAGGUAGCAAGAUGUCUCAGUGGCUAAAAGUGCUUGCCACCAAGCCUGGUCACCUGAGUUCAAGUCCCAGAACCCACAGGGCAGAAGGAGAAAACCAAUUCCCGCAGUUUGUCUUUUGACUUCCAUAGGCAUGACACACAUGUGCGCAUAUGCAGAGAGAAAUAAGUAAAUGAAAACAAUGACUCAAAAAUGUCCAAAUACAUAAUGGCACUAAGCUAUCAGUUGGGAGGCUCUUCUACACAGAAAAGCUUAUUUCUUGGACUGGCAAGUAAAGCAUUGCUCUGUGUUCUUUGUUAUGAAUUUAAUGUAGAGAAGAGAAAGGGUUUGGGAAGAAGGGGAAAGGAAAAGAAAAAGGUUGGGAAAGAACUGCCAGAGGAGCUGAGAUUUAACUAUAGCCCAUCUAAUAGUACUUUGUAAAUUUAUUCUCAAAGUCAGUGCCCCUCUGAAGGUUGGAGAAAUUAAGAUAUUUGGAGCAUACUGAUUGGAGGAUUUAUUCCCAUUGUGACUACUGACUUGUAAUAUCAGUCUUCUGUUCUGCAUGACAUCUCUUGCCUUGCAAACUAGCAAGAUCCCUGAAUUUGGCAAGGAUCCUUCUCUGUGAAGCAUUUUCAAGUUAGGGAUUUUAGCAGUAUCAGAUUUCUCAAAGGCAGAAAUAGAGAAAAGGUGAAGAGGGUAGCAGUGCUGCAGGAUUCUCCCCCAACAGCACAAGGUAACCUCCCAGCUGGAAGAUGCAAGCCACCACCUGUCUAACGUUGUCAGGGACUUUGAAUUAGACAGUCCUAAAUCUCCUCACCUUAUUAAUAGGUAAAACUUAGUUCACAUGUUCACCUCUUACCCUAUGUAUGUAUAGUGGUAUUUUCUGUUCAUACAUAGAGUGUAUAUUGUAUAGAUGUUUUGUAAUCUGCACAGAGUGAGGCCAAAUGAUGCCUUCAACUGUAAUAGAGGACACUAUUGCCAUUUUAACUAAAUUGUCCAGUGGAGGGAAAAAGAGUAAAGUUGAUGAUUUUGAAUACUUAAGAAACAUCACUUUGCCACUGGUGCAGAACCUGUAAUUAUGUGCAAUUCCCUGCUUAAGACUCUUUAGUUAUGCUGAACAAUUGAAAAAAAAAAAAAACCUAAAUAAUGGGGAGGAGAAAAGAAGGGAGCUUUAAACACUUAAUACAAGAUGUUCAUUUAAAUAGAGACAUUGUCUCACCAUAAGGGAGCAGUCAAGGGUCUGAUAGCCCCACUGGCAUGCUGUUAUCAAGUCAUCAUCUUUGAACCAUGGAUUUGCAAUCCUUCUAAGUCUUCACCAUUAUUUUGGAAUGAGGACUGGUUCCUUCUGUUCACAAGGCAUGAUCAUUUUUCAUUGAUAUCUUUUUAAUGCUCUGACUUUUUUGCUCUCUACAAAAGAUAACUCUUCAAGCCUUGGAAAGGAGUCUUUCCGUGUGAUUUUUUUUUUUUUUAAUCACUGACACAGCACUAUCAGAUUAGAGAACAUGCCUUACCCAGUUAGAAUAGUAUUGUGAUGGCCAUAGGAACAUAAUUGUGGGUUUCAGUAAGGCAUGUUCAGCAUAGGCUAUUAUAGGCUUUUUCUGAUUCUGGUCAGGAAAUGUCCUCUGAAACUUCAGAUUGACAAAGGGGAUUUUAAUUUUAUGUAUUUAUUUGUUUGUUUGAUGGUUUGCUUAUUUUUGGUGUCUAAGUCAGUGGUCCCAAAAAAAAAGAGGGAAAUCCUCCAAAUGAGAGACACAAUAGACAGGAUGAUUGCAGAGGUAUUAGUUGCUCUUUCCAUCAGUGCCCAGACACCUGAAGAAAGCAGAGGAGGAAGGAUUUAACUCAGGAAGACAUGGCUAAGUGCCUCCAACCACACAGGAACUGGGGCAGGCUUCUUACAUUUCAGUAGAUCAGGAAGCAAGGACACGUGCGGCUAGGCUGUAACACAUAAGACCUGGCGAGGCCCCACCUCCCGGAAAGUGUCCACAACCUCCCAAAAUAGCACUGACAUCUGGGGACCCUGUACUCAAACACAUAUGCCUGUGGGGACAGUUCACAUUCAGACUGUAACCCAGUGUCUUGACCUCCUCUGAUUCCUAGGGGCUUUGUGCACACCUCACACUGGAGACAAGUUUACACCAAAAAAAGGUGCUCUGUCCUGUGUGCAAGCUUUUAAUCCCAGCACGCGGGAAGCAGAGGCAUGUAGAUCUGAGUUCCAGACCAGCCAGUGGUAAUAUAGUAAAACCCUGGCUCAAGUAAACAGGUAACUAACUGGCAAAGAAGAGGCCAAUCCAAAGAUGAGUAUGCUAGUCAGCUUUCUGUUACGGUGAUGUCCUGUCUGAAAUAAUACACUUAAAGGAGAAAAAGCUAAUUUUGGCUUAUAAUUUUGAAGCUUUCAAUACAUUGUCAGUUGACUGUGCUGCAUUUGGGCCCAUGACAAGGUUAUGCAUAGCAAAGUUCUCACCUCAUGGUAACCAGGAAGGAAAAAUGCAGGCCGAGUCCAAGUUCCUAAUAUCCUUCCCAAGAGCACAACCCCAGUGACUUACCUCCCUUCCACUAGGCCCCACCCCUUAAAAGAUCCACCCCUUAAAAAUUCCCAAUAUACCAAGCCCUUAACAUGAGCAAAUCACAGAACUAUGCAGAGGCAAUGGAAAAUAACACUUGAGGUUCUCCCUGACGAAACUUGAGCUGGGACUAAGAGGAGAAAGAGAUUGAGGGUCCCAGAUAGCUGAGAACUUAAAGAUGGCCAAGCCAUUGGCUGAUACAACAGUUGAAAAAAACAAAACAAAACAAUGUGUUCUUGGGACCAAGGACAUUUAUGCAAAAAUCAUACAAAAGAGGCCUCUUGCCAAAACUAGUUACAUAACAAAUUACAUGACAGUCAAGUUAAUUGUUUACUCAUGAUUCCCCACAUAGCCAGUAGCAGCCAUUUUAACUAACCCAUUCCACAUAUCCAUACCAGUGCCAUGUUAAAUAAACCUUUAUCUGACUCUUAUGGUCUUUGUUCCCUUCAUUCCCACAGCUGUCUUUGGUAGGAAGAAGCCCAUUCCUUACCCGAGACUCCCCUGUUUGAACCUGCGAUGUGAGCCCUCAAAGGUGACUACUUAUAUUCUAAUCACAGGAGAGUGCUGUCAUUAGCUGUACUAACAGCUGUCAUUGAAAAUGACUUGUAAUCCUUGUUCGCUGACAGGCUCAGGUGAGCAUGUCUCACUGUUGUGUUGUAAAUGGUGCAGCCUGCUUGGUAAACUCCCUUAAGGCAUCUCUCAGGGACACUGUUCUCAAAUCCAACAAACAGCAGGCAAGUGCCAUUGCAACACCUUCCAAAGCCCACAGAGGAAAACUUAAUAGGUAGAUCCCAGAGAGCAUACCACCAUUCACUGGAAGAAGAGAUUUCUGUUGUUGCUCAGGAUCUGGCUGCCUCUACUCCUGGUGGAAAACACAGCUAAGGCCUUACACCAUUAAGAGGAACAGCAGUCCUUGUCUCCCUUACCCAUGAGACUUCAAGGCUUCAGCUCUUCCCUGCUGAGCACUUGUAAGGGAAAGUUAAAUGUGUGAUACACUCAGCCUGUGCUUUUCAGAGUCUGCACCCUUAUUAGAAACAAAACAAAAAAUGACACUUACGGACACCUGUUGAUGAGGCCUGAGCCAAGUAGCAGCAUGGGUGGUGGAUGGGCGGUGUUUCCCAGGCAGUAAAUGCAGGCUACUCACACCAAAGGAAGUGUUUCUAGGGAAGCUAUCUGAGUAAGUAGUAAAUACUUAGUCAUUUAGGACAGGCCAUAAAUGACCAGCUCAUCAACAAGGGAAGGCCUGUUUUCGAAGUGCUCACAGACUAGUAGGAUACUGUUUUCUUCUUCAAUCCACCCUUGAAGCAUGAUGCACAUAACUUUCUUUAAAAAUGUAGGGGUUUCUGCAAUCAGAUCUUAGCAAAGUGUUAAACAGCUACAGUUUGGCUUCUGGGUGUCAUCUGAAAAAAAUUUAUAUUAUGAUUAUCCUAAAUAACAAACUGGAUGCACUCCCCUAUGUAGUCUGGGAUGGUGAGGUAAACACGUGUGCUUUUUCACUUGCUUUCCAUGUCAAUGGGCUUUAUAAUUCUACUUCCUAACUGUCUAGUCACCUGUCUGCUUCCUUCAUUCCAUCUAGCACUCAAGCAUUUCGAUAACCUUUCUUCCUAAAUGGUUUUCCUUUCUCACUGCUCUCUCACCCCCUCUAUAGUCCAUCUCCAAAAAUUCUUUGAAAACCCAGGGUGAUGCUGAUAAAUGCUUAUGACUCCCCUGGCCUUCCCCACCCCCAAAAGAAAGAAAGAAUGAAAGAAAAGAAAGAAAGAAAGAAAGAAAGAAAGAAAGAAAGAAAGAAAGAAAGAAAGAAAGAAAGAGAAAAGAAAGAAAAAGAAAGGAGAAAGAAAGAAAGAAAAAGAAAGAAAGGAAAGAAAGAAAGAAAGAAAGAAAGAAAGAAAGAAAGAAAGAAAGAGAAAAGAAAGAAAAAGAAAGGAGAAAGAAAGAAAGAAAGAAAGAAAGAAAGAGAAAAGAAAGAAAAAGAAAGGAGAAAGAAAGAAAGAAAAAGAAAGAAAGGAAAGAAAGAAAGAAAGAAAGAAAGAAAGAAAGAAAGAAAGAGAAAAGAAAGAAAAAGAAAGGAGAAAGAAAGAAAGAAAGAAAGAAAGAAAGAAAGAGAAAAGAAAGAAAAAGAAAGGAGAAAGAAAGAAAGAAAAAGAAAGAAAGGAAAGAAAGAAAGAAAGAAAGAAAGAAAGAAAGAAAGAAAGAAAGAAAGAAAGAAAGAAAGAAAGAAAGAAAGAAAACCAAAAAACCAAAUUCUGGAGUUCAGGAUGUCAUCUAGACCCCACCUAGUCCCCAUUAUGUGUCCUAAAUCCCAUUUAUUCCAGGUAAUUUGCCUUUGCCCCACCACUUUUGUGUCUUUGAGCAUAACUCACUCUACCCAGUACACCUCUCAAAGUCGCUUUUUGACUCUGCUCAAAUGCCCCUUCCUUCACAGCACUUCCUACUACUCUUCUAAUCCGCAUUAAUCACUCCUUUCUUCAGGAUUUUCUCUCUCUCUCUCUCUUUCUCCCUCUCCUUUCCUCCCUCCCUUAUUGAAACAUAUUCCAAAACUUCAUGAUUUGCCCAUUCAAAGUAUAAAAUUUAGAAGUUUUUAGUAUAAUCAAUACAUUUGUGCAACUAUUAAUUUUGAAGAUUAAUUUUGAAGAUUUUUUUCAUCACUUCUCAAAGAAAACCCAUGUCUGUUGGAUGUCAGUUCAUAUUCUUCCUUUCCUUUUUCUAGCCUGAGGUAACCAUACAUUUGCUUAUUCUGGACAUUUUAUAUCAGUGGAAUCGUAUAAUUCCUGUGUCUUUUUUUUUUAAACACUCCUUUGUGGCUGUUUUUAUUUAGAAUGUCUUCCAGGCCUACCCAUGUUAUGCCAUGUAUACUCCAUUCCACCUUAAUAUGGUUUUUGGUGAUGAUGGUUUGUGCUUGGCAUCAAACCCUACACAUACAUGCUAGGCGUGUGUAACCUUACCAUGAAGUUGCAUGUGCAGCCCCUCCAUCAUUGUUGAGUGAUAGUUCAUUGUAUUUACUUAUGCAUUACUAGAUUAUGGACAUUCGAGUUCUUUCUACUUUAAGCAGUUAUGAAGAAUGUCAACCUAACACUUUGUUUUUACUUUUUAUUAUCAUUUAAUAUGUGUAGUUUAGUAGUCUAGGGUGUUUUGUUUGUUUCUUAAUUUGGUUUUACCUACAGCUAUUUUUCAUUCUGUAAUCUCCACAUAGCAGGUGCUCAGUAAAUGUCUGACAGGAGGAUACAUCAUCAGGGAUUAUUGAUUCUCCCCAUGACUAUUGUGGAAAAAAAAAAAAAACCACAAGGUACUUAGAGUUAAAACAUUAAAGUGAACCAAAUGAUAACUAAAGACUGGAUCAGUAUAGUUACCCAAUCCAGUAAAUUAUAAAUCUCAAAGACUGGUGGUUCUCAAAUAAACCUUAAUGUCUGCAUGACUUCCUGGGACAGCAUGUGGUUGUCAUAGUUAUUUCAUGCAUGUGGUUACUUUGCUGAUAAUAAUUAUGAUCUUGUUGGACAGAGGCCUGGAAAGACACCGGACAUCCUUCCCUGAAUUGAACCACAGUGUUUUGUGAUUGGACUUAGCUUACAAUUGGAUUCUAGAGUGGUGAUUCUUGAUUCUGGCUAAGCAUCAGACCUCUUCCCCCAACUCCCAACCAGGGGCUUUUUCAAGGUACAGAUAAUUUUGCCUGCAACCCCCAAGCUCCCAUACCCCUGCUUAUGAGUCUAGAGGCUGGGUAAGGGCCAGAUAUUCAUAUGCUCUUAGAAAUGUUCAGACAUUUCAUGGCCAAGAGUGACUGUUUCAAAACCAGCCUGUAGUUUAGAAACUCCAUUUUAUAGAGUGCAAGCAUCCUGAUCCUGGACAGCACUUUACUCAUCCUGAGAUUAUGCUACCACCAAGGCUGCCUCACAUUUGUAAGCCCUUUUUAUUUGGAAAAAGUUUGCAGUCAUCUUUUAUUAGCUAGACUCACAUACUGGCUGACCCUGCACAAAUCACAUAAUCCUUUUGUGUCUUAAAUUUCCUCAUAUGUAAACUGUAGGUGGUAAUACUGACCUACCCUCAAGGGGUACUGUGGAGACUAAUGGAGGCCUAUAAAGCAGCCACCAAACAUAAAAAUGUUCCAUGCUGCUAAUUAGACAGGUAUGAAGUCCUAGUCACAGCCUUUUAAAAUGAGACAAAUACCGAAAGAAACACUUAAGUAGGCCUCCCUGCAAGCGCUAUCAUUUGAAAAGAUCCUUUCCCAACACCAACAUAGGCCUUCUACACUGCCAAAACAAGCCGACUCAAGCUAUGGUCACAGAAGACAAUGCAGUAAAUAAGUACAGAAAGAAGCUGCAAUCUGUUUGCUAACCAUCUCGUAUCAACUUAAGAUGCAACUAGAGAUUAUGCCUAUAAAUGCACUCAUUGGAAAAGACUAUUCUUAGACAGUAUUUAUGCAUGUUCACACAGGUCCUUCAAUUGAUACCACUAACCCCCUGAUGUUGAGCUGGAAAGUGUAUUCUUUACUCAUCUCUUCUUCAGAGCAACAUUUUGCCUCAUUUCUCCCAGGUUACAGAAAGAAUAUGUGGUCAAAUGAGACCUUCACCUCCAUUUCACAAUAGGACUGUGUGACAAUGAGGACACAGGACUCUGUAACCUGGGAAUGAGUGUAGGUUUUAUAAAUAUGGUGACCCACAACUAACAGUUCAUUUAUGCAUGUUCAGCUUCUUGGAAAAAGAAGACAGAAAACAAACCUGGAUUUUAACCUGGAUUUUUAAAUUAUUCUACAUUAUGCUCUGAAAAGGUCAAAGUUUAAAGGGCCAGGUCCACUUUGAAUACUGUUUUAUCCACAAUUAAAUGGUUUCUGUGGCUCUCCACUCUAGCUAAUUUGAGCCACGAGCCUAAAGGAGUAAGGACCUUUUUUGGCCAUUUGAUCUUGAUCUUGCUCUUAUCUCUUUGGGUCCUUGGGGGUUUAGGUUGAACUCCUGAUGACAGUUGGCUUCUUCAGUUAAUUUCAAGACUUGUAGCAAUUAAAUUCUGUAUAAUAAAUAUUUUUUAUUUCUAAUAUCUAUGGGUAGUAUCCCAGCCCUUGCUUUGGAGGCUCUUGGGAGUUCUUUGAGGUGCCUCAGUGUUUCUGUAAUUCAGUGACUCUGAAGACCACGGGCCUCCCACAGAGACUCCCAGGAUUUGGUUGGAUGAUGUGGCAGUUUUAUGGGGACUCCUAGACUAACCUUUGGCAACAGGCAAGUUAAAAUGUACUUUAUUUUUACUUUUCACCCUGUGACAGCUUUUAGACCCUGAUCAGAAUUCAGAGAGCCCUGGUGAAGUGAGCCUUAUUGGUUAGGGAAAUUAUCUAUUAUGUUCAGCUACUGUUUUAAAAUAAGAUUAAUUCAAGACUACCUAAGUAGUCUUUAAGGAUCUCAGAAGUUUCUGCUGAACAUUUUAGGGGAAGAGCCACAUAGACUUCAUUGUGAUAGUCAGAAGAUACUAAUGCUAAUCUAUGCCUUCUGUGGGAUUCAUUUAAGUAUCUUUCACACUUUCUUCCACUAAUAUGGAAAAUCUUCAGAAGUGUGAAGGGAUUUACAUCCCUUUGUAAAGAUAUGUAAAUGUUUAUAAUAGAUUAGAUGAUUCCUUCUGAGUUGCUCAAAUUUCUGUUUUUCCAGUAUGUCAAGGUAAGUGUUCUCUGCUUCACAGAUCUACAAGCUUAAGCAUGAGGUGUAUUCAUUACAUCACCUUCCUCGGUGACACGUAGCCACCUGUGUCCUACCCCACUGCUCUUAUUGAAAUUGGAGGAAAGGGUCAUGGCACUUUUAAGACUGUAUAACCAUCAGGUACAAGUUUAUGGCCUAAUGCAUUCUCACCACAUCUCUGAAGGGGAAACAAGUUCCUAGAUGAAAUUUAAUCAUCUUUGCACAUUAACUUUGUUUUCUCUCUUUCAACUUAUUUUAAAAGAAACAUGAGGGCUAAAGAGAUGGCUCAGCAGCUGUUCUUCCAGACAUCCUGAGUUCAAUUCCCAGCACCCACAUGGUAGCUCACAACCACCUAUAAUGGAAUCUAAUUCCCUCCUUUGGAUAUACAUGAAAAACCGAGUGUUCGUAUACAUAAAAUAAAUCUUUUUUAAAAAUAAAAAAAAUAAAAGAAACAUGGAGAAACCCUCAACUAUUCUGAUAACUUGGGUCAUAUAAUGUGAGCUGAACCAAAUACAGGAGUAAAGAAUUAACAGACAAGAAGAAGGCCCCAUUUUGAUAGUUUCCUAGUUGUCUGACCCAUCAUUUAUGGUUCCUAUUUGUUCGAGAGACUUUCCUCACUGGUUAUUGCUAAUAACUUUUUUUUAACUUUUUCUCUAAACCAGAAGAGUGAAAAGCAUCCUAUUUGACAAAUAUAAAUUUGUUUUUGUUUUAAUUUUUAUGUUAUCUAAGUAAACUUGGAACUUUUCUUCCUUGUACAAAGAUUUAAGUAAACAAUAUUUUCAUUCAAAAAUAUUUCUGGGUUAAUGAUAACAUUCCUCUUGUUUAAUGUAUGAUUAUUAACCAUAUGAUUAAACUGUAAAAGUGAUGAAGAACAACAGCAUAUAACUGAAGUUCUGGUGGUGGGAGCUAUUUUUGAGAGGUAAAGGUUCAAACAAAGAUAGGCAGAGGUUAAAUGGAUUAGAUAGCAGUGCAAAGAACACUAGGUCAUUUGCUAGGGAGUCAAAUGACCAGUCUUUGAGAAAGAUCCUGACUUAGUUGGAAGACUAAGCUGAGACCAGAAUGUAUGCAAUACCCACAAGAAGAAUAUCAUCAAAAUGCUGGUAUUUGUUUACUUGUAGAGCAGGAAAAAAAUAAAGGAAAAUGAGCUUUCUGUUUACCCUGGAGCUUAAUGUAGAUAUAAAGUACCCUGAAUAUUAAGGCAUUAUUUUAUUUCUGGAAAGAUAUUCCGUUAUGGAAGGGGUCAUGCUAUUCUUUGGGUAUCCCGAGUGAAUGCAUAUUCUUCACCUGCACCUAUUCUUCCUAAGUGGAAAGUUGGGGUGCUGAUUUUGAGUCCCAUGUCUGUCAGUUAUUAGGGACAUGAUCUCAUGGUGUCCCCCACAGUUGCCUGUAAUCCCUGCUCCAGGGGAUACAGUGCUCUCUUCUGGCCUCUGUAGGCACCUGCAAACACAUGUGUGGACAUGCACACUUGCACACAUAAAAGAAUAAAAAUACAUAUCUUUUUAGAUGGAUGUGAAGUUUAGAAUAAGCAUAUAUUAUCAUCUAAUAUAAUGAGAAAAUAAGAGAAAUCGGAGAUGAGUUGAAUCCAGCCCCUGAGAACCCACCCACAGGCUUGAAAGCCAUAUAUUUUAUCUUAAAUAUAUAGGGUUUUCCAGGGCACUUAAAUGACCUGGAAAACCUGUUUCUUUUCUACCCUCUGGUCUUUUUCCAAUAAUUGCUUUGCCACAGUUGUACAUUCUCCCAUAUUGUAUUAAAUUAUUUGUCCAGCUUCAUGUCUCAGUGUCACUCCCACAUCCUACAGCCCCCAUUUGUCAAAAUUGACCCAACCCUCAGUGGCUUUGAAUCUGUCUCCAGGAAUCUUAGAAAACUCUGCCUUCCUCCUCCUCUAUACUUUUGGUCCUAUCUCAUUGAGUAACUCCUGAUUGACAGAUCACUUCCUAAUCCAGCAGAAUGCAAGUUCCUAUAAGAGAGAGGCCACACAUAAGAUACUUGUGUUUGUGCUCUUGCCACCACACAGAUUUUGCUCUCUUGCCAAGAAGAGUAUUGAAUAGGCAUCUGAUUGAACAAUUUCUCACCCUACCUCUAUUGUGCUUUUGGACAAAACCCCUUGCCUCCUCAGUCUCAGACGCCUCUGCUAUGAACAGAGGAUAACAGUACAGGCAUACUCCCCAGGUGUGCAGGAAGAAUAAACCAAUGACUGAAAAGCAAUUUAAAAUUGUAAAAUGAGAUGCUAUAUAUAAAUGUUACAUAAUCAAAAUCA